AUGAGCGAAGAAAAAGUUGUAACCGAUAUUAUUACGUUGACCCGACAUGUUCUUGACGAACAACGUAAACAUAAGGAUGCUACUGGCGAUUUAACUUUAGUUGGUCUUGCUGGUGGCGCAUACAAUAUUUCGGGUGAUGAACAAAAAAAACUUGAUGUUAUCUCAAACGAAAUUUUUGUCAAUGCACUUCGCUCUUCUGGAAAAGUGGCCGUGAUGGUUUCCGAAGAAAAUGAUGAAGCAAUCAUUGUUGAAGAAGGAUUGAAAGGGAAAUAUUGUGUAGUGUUUGAUCCGUUGGACGGUUCUUCUAAUAUUGAUGCAGGUGUCAAUAUUGGGUCACCCGGAACAGUCAAGGAUGUUCUUCGUCCUGGUAAUGAAAUGAUUGUUGCCGGUUAUUGUAUGUAUGGUAGUUCGGCAAAUAUGGUUAUUUCUGUUGGAAAUGGAGUGAAUGGCUAUACCCUUGACGAUGGUAAUGCAAAGUACUGGCAUGAAGCUUGCGAAGAAUAUUUCCAUUCGCUUAAAUUUCCACCAGAAGGUAAAAAUCCAUAUUCGGCCCGUUAUAUCGGAUCUAUGGUAGCAGAUGUUCAUCGUACAUUUUUGUACGGUGGAAUCUUUGCGUACCCUGCCGAUAAGAAAUCCAAAAGUGGGAAGCUUCGUUUGUUAUACGAAUGCUUUCCUAUGGCCUUCCUAGCAGAACAAGCUGGUGGUAAAGCUAUUACUGGUCAUGGAAGAGUACUCGAUGUUUGUCCAGAGGCUAUUCAUUCUAGAUGCCCAAUUUUCUUAGGCAGCAAAGAUGAUGUGGAAGAUGUUGAAAGGAUUUAUAAAAAGUAUUCGAAAUAA